GCCAGAUGGCGCAUAGAAAGAAGCAGAAGAAAUUUUCCGAAUUUGUUGUAUGGUUAGUGAGACGGAAGGCACAUUUCGGAAUGAGAACAUUUUUAUGGUGUUUCUGAGUAUUUUUCAUGGAUAAUUCUUUAUAAUUAGAAUCAAUAUGGUAGUUGCAGAACAAAAUAACUGGGCAGGAGUUUCCGAUGUUGUGUUUGUUGUUGAAGGAACAGCUAAUUUGAGCCCAUAUGUCGAAAGCAUGAAAGCUAAUUACAUACAGCCUACAUUGGAAUAUUUCAAUGGAGGACCUCCUGAUGACAGGGAUUGUGGAUGUGAUUAUAACAGCACAAUGUAUGCACUGGUAGUUUUUAUGACUGCUGAUUGUGCACCAGAACCUGCAGCAUUAUGCUAUGCUCCAACAACAAGCACACACAAACUUCUUUCAUGGUUAGAAAGAAUUUCAUUUAUUGGUGGGAGUGGAGAAGCUUGUAGUCAUAUUGCUGAAGGACUUAGUACAGCACUUCAAGUAUUUGAUGAUUUUAUCGCUCAUCGAGAUCCUGGCAUUGUCUCUCAAAAGCAUUGCAUUCUUAUUUGUAACUCCCCUCCUUAUCCUUUACCUACUCUUGAGAGUCCUGCUUAUUCUGGUAUAAUGGCAGAACAAAUAGCAGCUUUGAUGGCAGAAAGGAAAAUUAAUUUUAGCAUUUUAUCACCUCGUAAAAUUCCAGCAUUAUACAAGUUAUAUGAAAAGGCUGGUGGAGAUCUUCAACUUGCAUUGACCAAGAAUUAUGCCAAAGACAGACGUCAUCUAGUUCUAUUGAGUGGUUAUCAACUACAUGAACGCCCAAUGACACCACCUGCCUUAGAAGGAAAAGGAACCGUUGCUCCAACUUCUACACCAUUGCCUUCAGCCAGAAGUCCUACAUCUGGUAGUCAAAAGAGACCAUCAUCUGGUUCACCACCUAAUACAAGAGAAAACACUGGAUUCAAACAACCAGCAACUACUCAAGCAUCACCUCAACAAUCAACACCACAAGCAUCAUCUACUACAACAGGAGUUACGUAUGGAUCUAGUGUACCAUCAAGAGGGGGUGUUCCUACACCUCCAUCUUCUCAUCUGUCUGCUAUGAAUCAACCAAAUCCACCAAAUGUUACUAUUACCACAAAAACCACACAAUCUCAGCAGUUAACAACACAGCAUGUUGAUAACAUUAACAGACCAACAAGGGGCCAAUCUCCUGUCCCUCUUGGAUCUCGUAUUUGGAAUCAAGCAACAAAUCCCUCAUCUCCUGUAUCAACUCCACCAACUACCAGUGUAUUAGCAAAUCAGCUGUCUGUUGCACCUGGUAUUGCCAAUGUUGGCCAUCCAUCUCAACAGAAUGUUCAACUUUCAACUCUUGUAUCACAAUCUCAGUCUGGAUUUGUCACAUCUCAACCAGGUAAUGAUAUUAAUUAUUUUAAGAAAUAG